AUGACGACAUAUCAAGAUCAUUCAGAAGAGUUAACCGGCUUCAAUGAUGCGGCACUUAGUUUACAGGCUUGUUCGGAGUCAGUGUGGGACAAGCUCUUCGACAUUAAUGUGAAGAGCACGUGGGCGCUCACGAAACUCGUCGCGCCGCACAUGCAGAAGAAGAAGAAAGGGUCCAUCAUUUACGUAGGCAGCAUAUUGACUCUUGGUCAACUCAUUCCUCACAAUGCGGUGAGCGGCUACCUCGUCAGUAAGUCCUGCCUGCUGAGCAUGAGUAAAAUGGUCGCUCAGCAACUCGCUCCUGACAACGUGAGGGUGAAUUGCCUCCUGCCUGGUCUCAUCAAAACCCGUUUUGGCGAAGUGUUGCACGCGGACAAAGAAAUCUACAACAGGAUACUCCCGAUCAUACCUAUGCGCAGGGCUGGAGAGCCUCACGAGGUAGCUGGUAUGGCCGUCUUCCUGGCAUCGGACGACGCGUCCUACAUCACAGGGGAAAACUUUGGGAUUGGUGGCGGCACGCCGUCUAGGCUCUAGAACAGGGGGUUCUCAAACUGUGAUAUGCAUCAUAUGCGUUGGCAAGUGGGAGUUGCACGCAAAUUACCUUUCAGGUGGUACGCGACCAUAUGUUGUUUUGUGAAUGAUUUUAAUUUCAUUUGCUCCUGCACAAAAGAGUUUUCUGCUAACCACCAAUAACAAUUAUCAGGGUCCGGAAGUAGGCGUAGCGACUUACGUGUUGCGUAAGUGCUCCUAUGAAGAUGUAACUCUAGUAGUGUUAUUAUCGAAACCAUUACGCGGAAAGCAACAUAAAAGAAGUUGUGCGUAACUUCACGCCUGCUCGGAGAGAAGAAAAAAUU